GAGGCGGCGCGCCCAGAGCGGCAGAGCCGUCGCCCCGCCCCGCCCCGUGCGCCACGAUUAGAGCCGUGACUCAGGGCGGAGCUCCGCAGCCGGCCGCGCCGCCAACUUCUCUGGAUGGGGCCAGAAGUUUCUAGCCGGCCAGUUGCUGCCGCCCUCUUCUCUGCUCCUUCCCCUUUGGCAGCGAGGAGGCUAUUUCCAGACACUUCCAGCCCUCUCCGGCCACGUCACCCUCGCCUUUAAUUCAUAAAGGUGCCCGGAGCCUGCUUCCAGGACACGUCGGCGGCGCAGGGCUCUCCCUCCAGCGGCGGCCCACACAGCGACUGUGCGCCCCCAGGCCCGAGACCCCCGCGUCCGGCAUGAGCGCCGCCACCCACUCGCCCGUGGUGCAGAUGGCGUCCGGCAACAGCGACCCGCUGCCCCCCGGCUGGGAGAUCAAGGUCGACCCCCAGACCGGCUGGCCCUUCUUCGUGGACCACAACAGCCGUACCACGACGUGGAACGACCCGCGUGUGCCCCCUGAGGGCUCCAAGGAGACCCCUUCCUCUGCCAACGGCCCAUCGCGGGAGGGUGCCAGGCUGCUGCCCACCAGGGAAAGCCACCCCGUGUACCCCCAGCUCCGACCAGGCUACAUUCCCAUUCCCGUCCUGCACGAAGGCGCCGAGAAUCGGCAGCCACACACUUUCUCUGUCCACCCCCAGCCUGGGGCACAGCGAUUCCGGAGUGAGGCAGCUGCGGCCAGCCCGCAGAGGGCCCAGUCCCCACUGCGGGCCGGGCCAGAAGCCACCCAACCGGACAAACAGUGUGGACAGGCGGCAGUGGCGGCCCAGCCCCCAGCCUCUCACGGACCUGAGCGGUCCCAGUCUCCUGCUGCCUCCGACUGCUCGUCUUCCUCGUCCUCCGCCAGCCUGCCCUCUGCGGGCCGGAGCGGCCUGGGCGCGCCCCAGCUGCCCCGCGGCUACAUCCCCAUCCCUGUGAUCCACGAGCAAGUCAGCCGGCCGGCGGCCCAGCCCUCCUUCCACCAAGCCCAGAAGACCCACUACCCCGCACAGCCGGGCGAAUGCCAGACGCACCAGCCGGUGUACCACAAGGUCCAGGGCGAUGACUGGGAGCACCGGCCCCGGCGGGCACCCUCCCCGUUCAGGCCGCCCGCACGGGGCAUGUCCAGCCGCGAGGCCUCGCCAGCCAGAAGCGGCACACCGACGCCCAUCCGGGUGCACACUGCGGUCGAAAGGCCUCAGCCCAUGGCCCAUAGAGAAUCGCCACCUGCUCCCCAGCCGGAUAGCAAGCCAGAAAGUAAGCCAAGCCCGGCUGGACCAGAUCUCCUUCCUGGACACAUCCCGAUCCAGGUGAUCCGCAAGGAGGCCGAUUCCAAACCCGCUUCCCAGAAGCUGCCCCCGCCCUCAGAGAAGGCGGAAGUAAAGGUGGUCCCCGCCCCGGUUCCCGGUCCUUCUCCUAGUCCCGCCCCUGCCCCUGUCCCCGCUUCCCCUAGGAAUGUGGCUACAGAGGAGAGGGCAGCCCCCAGCCCUCCUCCCGCAGACGCCACCUCCCUCAAGCCUGGAGAAGCCGAGGCGCCCCCCAAACACCCAGGGGUACUCAAAGUAGAGGCCAUCCUGGAGAAGGUGCAAGGGCUGGAGCAAGCUGUGGACAACUUCGAAGGCAAGAAGACCGACAAAAAGUACCUGAUGAUUGAGGAGUAUUUGACCAAAGAGCUGCUGGCCCUGGAUUCCGUGGACCCCGAAGGACGAGCUGACGUGCGUCAGGCCAGGAGAGACGGGGUCCGGAAGGUGCAGACCAUCUUGGAGAAACUCGAGCAGAAAGCCAUCGAUGUGCCCGGUCAAGUCCAGGUUUACGAACUCCAGCCAAGCAACCUUGAACCCGACCGGCCGCUGCAAGAGAUUAUGGAGAUGAGUGCCAUGGCGGCAGACAAGGGCAAGAAGGGAGCUGGAAACGCGGAAGACCCACAGGCUGAGAUGCAACAGCCAGAAGCCAAAGAGGGAGCACCUGCAAGCCCCAGCGGCAGCGGCGGUGCGCCCGACCCCUCUGGGAGCCCUGCCACAGCGUAGUCC